AAUCAUUCACACACUUUUAUUUAGCAAAAUGAACACAAACAAAACAAAACGUAGACAUUGAUUGCAAAGUUGGAUCCACAGUCACAUACUAAGUGCGACACGCUUUCUUAGCGGUAAUCAGUCGCACCAUGUGCAAAUUGUGUUUGUAAAAUCCCUACUUGGGAAGUAACUUUUUUUUUAAACAAUCCGAUCAGAUGAAAAUAUGAGAGAUCAUUUUCGGACGCAUUCAAUUUUCUAUUAUUUUCUAUCGUUGUGUUAUUGUCAUUAAUAGAAAAUUUUCAAAAUAUCGAAUUAUAAGAUGUUCCACGUGCCAUUCAUCGAAUAAAAGUGAGUGCAAAUCAGAUAGACUGACUCUCUUUUCUCUAUAGAAUCGAACUAGCUCUUGUAUAUAAUUUGUUCAUUGGCAAAGAUGGAGAAAAAUACAAAUUUUCAGUGGAAAAAUCCACGGAAUCAAUAUUAUGCCGUCAUUGCAGCAAAUCUGAUAUUGCUUAGUCAAGGAUGUUUAAUGGGCUGGAUUUCGCCAGCUAUACCAAAGUUAACAUCAGAAAGCACCCCGCUCACUUCUGGCCUAUUAACAACUCAACAGGUUUCAUGGAUUGGUUCAAUUAGCUGUAUUGGAGUUUUAGUUGGUUCGUUAUCAUUUGGAUAUUUCACAUCAUUUAUGGGUUGUAAACGUGCCAUGCUUUUUUUGACUGUUCCAUCGAUUGGCGCUUGGCUCUUAAUUUAUUUUGGUCAGACAUUUGAUCACAUUUUACUGUCACGUGCACUGUCUGGAUGGUCUACGGGUGGGAUAACGACCACUAUAAUCCUAUUCGUAUCUGAAAUUGCCAAUAAUGACAUCCGCGGUAGGCUUGGAGGUAUUUCACAUUUCAUGCGUAAUAUUGGCAUUUUAAUUGGUUAUACUUUGGGAGCAACCCUUGAAUACCAUAUUAUUCCUUGCAUUUGCAUUUUUAUGCCGAUAAUUUAUGCCAUUAGCUUUGCUGCCUUACCAAAUACACCACGAUACUAUUUACAAAGAGGACAGACUAAGAAGGCUGAAGAUGCUUUAAAAUACUACAAAGGUUAUAGGGGAGAGAGUGUUGAAGAAAAUAUUGCUCUAUAUGAUGAGCUAGAGCGAUUGAAUCGAAUUGUAAAUGAACGAAAAUCGGACGAAAAAUUGCAGGCAUCCGAUAUUUUUAAUCGUGCGGUGAUGAAAGGAUUGGGCAUUGGCAUUUCUCUGGCAAUACUCGCACAGCUCACGGCGAAUUUCCCAUUGGUGACCUAUGCAGUUACAAUUCUCAAAAAGUCGGGAACUUCUUUCAACCCAUACGCAUCGUCAAUAGUAUUGGCUGUGAUGCUCAUCCUUGGUUCAUCGGUUAACACUUAUUUAGCUGAUAUCUUUGGUCGAAAACGAUUGAAUUUCAUUUCCUUGACGGGGUCAGCCGUUGGACAACUAGCCACAUCACUCUAUCACUAUCUCUAUAUAAGCGGUUAUGAUUUAUCACUAUUCUCUUGGGUACCAGUUGUCAGUUUGUCUUUCGUCAUUUUCAUUUUGGCGGCUGGCAUUUUACCUCUUCAACUCAUUUGCGUUGUCGAAUACCUCCCACCGAAGGUUUGGCAUAUUUAAAAAACUGCAGUCCUUUUUUUAUUUUCUUUCACUUCUUCGCAGACUCGAACACUUACCAUGUCAUUAAUAAGCUCCGCCAUCGGCAUGUGUGCAUUUAUAUCAGUGAAACUGUUUCCCAUCUUACUG